GGCAGAUUUUAUGUCUCAUGAUUGGCUUUUUUUUUUUCAUAUGCCGUUCAUUCAUUCUUGGCUGUUGCUUUGCUGUCGCCGAUAAUUUUUCAACCUUGUACAGUAAGUCCGACCCUGGAGAUCCUGGGGAUCCUGCCACUGUGCUUCAAGUACAAGUAUUGUACCCACUUACGAGUAUCUUGUGGCUCUACGCCUGAGCUUGAGAACCUGGAAGUCCCUCGAUGGUUGCAUCUCUGAGCUCUUUUGAGCCCCCUCUUGAUUUAAAGCCUAACUAAUACGACGGGUUUUCAAUUUUCGGCCGAGAUUCGCUUCGAAUGUUUACUCCACCCUCAAUCUACUUUUUGAGUAUACCCCAAAUGUGUCCCAUAUGAAAGUACAAGGUAUAAGUACGCCGCUCCGCUCCCCAAUCCUUUCACUCUACGAAAAAGCCAACAAUCAAACUCGACUCAACGCUUUCCUCUCAAGAACAGAUCAUCAAAAUGUCAGCAAAAAUGUCAGCAUUUGCACGGCCUCCGCCUCCCAAGACAGCUUUAGGGUACUACCGGCUUCUUUCUCCAACAGCUUCGGUCAGAGUCAGUCCAUUAUGCCUCGGAGGAGUGAACUUGGGCGAGUCUUGGGCCGAUAUUGUUGGGAUCUGUGACUCUAAUGCUAUGCUUGAUACCUUCUACGAGAAUGAAGGGAACUUCAUUGAUACAGCCAACAACUACCAGAAAGGGGAGUCUGAAAGAGCAAUCGGUGAGUGGAUGGCAAAGCGUGGUGUCCGAGACGAGAUGGUGAUCGCCACAAAAUACACAACCUGUGGGCGUGUGGGCUUCGGUGAUAAGGAGAUCGUUGUCAAUACCAGUGGUAACGGAGCCAAAAGUCUUCACCUCUCGUUGGAAAGAAGUUUAAAGAACUUGCAGACAUCAUACAUUGAUUUGCUGUACAUCCAUUGGUGGGACUUUACCACGUCGAUCCCAGAGCUCAUGCAAUCCCUCAACAACGUGAUCAGAGCUGGAAAGGUACUGUACAUCGGUGCAUCCGACACACCAGCUUGGGUCGUGGCUAAGGCCAAUCAAUAUGCGCGUGACCACGGGCUUCAACAGUUCUCUGUCUAUCAGGGCAAUUGGUCAGCAGCACAACGGGACUUUGAAAGAGAUAUCAUCCCGAUGGCCAUGCACGAAGGCAUGUCUAUCGCAGCCUGGGGUUCUCUCGGUGGCGGCCAAUUCAAAACUGCCGAGCAGCGACGAGCAAAGGAAGGGCGAAAACUGGAAGAGCCGUCCGAAAACAUUCUCAAAGUCUGUGCCGUCCUCGAACAUCUGGCUGAAAAGAAGGGAACCAUUAUGACAAGCAUUGCACUCGCAUAUGUCAGACACAAAAGCCCCUACGUCUUCCCAAUCGUUGGCGGGAGAACACCUGAGCAGCUGAAGGCCAACAUCGAGGCCCUGAGUCUGGAAUUGACGAAGGAGGAGAUGGAUGAGAUUGAAGGGGCAGCACCAUUCGAUCUUGGGUUUCCUUUGACGAUGAUCGGUACUCAUGCUGGAGACUCGUGGCUGAACAACAUUGCAGGAUAUCAUGAUUGGGUUGAAGCGCCAAAGGUAUGGUAAUUUUCACUUUGAGUACUGAUAGUCAUUGAAUAUUGCUGAUAUCACGUGCCAAGCCAAUUGCUUCACGCAAGCUCUGAGGAAGAUCACAAGGUCGAAGAAGGACUAUGAUCGAUAACACAAGAUUAGCAGUUUCCAACGUUCCAAUGCAUAUAUUUCGAUUCCGCUCGACUACCCAAUUGCCA